CCAGUCUUGUUCCGGAUGAUGAUUGUUCAUCGUCGGAUCGACUCGCGAGAGUGCUUGGUCCAAGUUCCUUGAUCCGCACAGACUGAUUAGAGGAAGUUCGAGUUCUGAUUAAAUAGUAGAGAGCAGUGAAGUUCAGUUACCGUUAAAUUUCGAUCGAUAUCGAUUAGGGUACUGGAAAGACAAACAGGAAGAGUGAAUAGCAAGUGAGAGGUCGGCUAACGCAACCAACGUGUGCAAUUUGGAACAGUAUCUAUCUUCUGUUUGGAAGAGUGGAAUCGAAGAUGAUAAGACGUAUUAGAAAACGGUAGUUCGAAGGCCGGUAGGGAUGUCCUCGUGACAUGUUACCCCGUGACCUUGGCUGUCGCGACUACAACGUCCUCCAGGCUCGCCUCCUGGCGCACGGCUCGAUCGAGGAUAACCGAUCAGCGUCCUUCCAUCCACGUGGGCUCGGGUAUCGGUUGCUACCAGUGCUGCAGGUGAAACUUAAUUGCACGGUGGUACCGUAUGUCCUCUGCUGGAGGCUGCCAAACGCGAUACACAGGGUCCAAUUGCCGCUGCCUCAACACCGUCAACGUUACCGAUAUCAGCGUCGUCGAACGCCUCGGAGACGUCCUCCGUUCCAGCCAUCCUCGGGUUAUCCUUACAACUUGCAACGAGGCAACUUUCCGCCUGGUAUGGAAACAAGGUACAAAGCGCAUCGUUGCGUGAGCGGGGGCGGUAGCCGCGGAAACGGCGCGACUGGCGGUACCGGAGGCGGUCUAGGUAACGGAGGCAGCGGCCGCGGGGGCGGCGGGGGCGGCAGCCCCGGUAGGGGCGGCGGAGGUCGCGGCGGAGGAGGAGGAGGAGGCGGCGGUGGAGGAGGAAUAGACGGUGGCGCGGUGCCUGCUACGCCACCGACCAUCAGCCAUUACCACCACCACCACCAUCACCAUCACCAUUAUCAUCACCUCGUCACCACGACCACCACAACGAACACGACCACCAUCACUGGCGUCAGCAGGCACCUCAGGCACAAGCUACCCCUUGGCAAGCAGUGCCUCGAACACCGUCACCAGCACCGGCAUCACCAUCGGUCCCCUUAUCGGGCCUUAAACAUGGGCCAAAAGAUUUCAGGAAUAGGCGGCGUGAAAAGCGUGACACGCGAGGCUACAUCUGGAGCUGUCGGUGGAGUCGGUGUCGGGGGUGGCGGCGUCGUAGCGUACAAACCAGUGGUACCAAGAGAGCUGGCGCAACACUUCGCGAGACCGCCACGGCUCGAUGUUCUGCUCGACAUGCCACCCGCCUCGCGGGAGACGCAGAUACAUCACAGCUGGAACGCCAACGACCGUAGCCUCAACAUAUUUGUCAAGGACGAUGAUAAGUUAACGUUCCACCGGCACCCUGUAGCACAAAGUACAGACUGCAUAAGGGGGAGAGUCGGUUACACGAAAGGCAUGCACGUGUGGGAGUUGUUCUGGAGCACGAGGCAGAGAGGUACGCACGCCGUCGUGGGCGUCGCGACGGCGGAAGCACCUCUGCACAGCGUUGGAUAUCAGAGCCUGGUAGGCAACAAUGAACAGAGCUGGGGUUGGGAUUUGGGUAGAAACAAGCUAUUACAUGAUUCGAAGAACAACGCUGGUAUCACGUAUCCGGCACUUCUCAAACCCGACGAGACGUUUAUCGUUCCUGACAAAUUCCUCGUUGUUCUGGAUAUGGAUGAGGGAACGUUAGCUUUCGUCGUCGACGGCCAGUACCUUGGAAUCGCGUUCAAAGGUCUUAAAGGCAAGAAAUUGCAUCCCAUUGUAUCCGCAGUUUGGGGACAUUGCGAGAUUACAAUGAAAUACAUCGGUGGACUAGAUCCCGAACCCCUGCCACUGAUGGAUCUUUGCCGGAGAGUGAUCCGGAAACGUAUUGGCAAGGACAAGAUAGAAGAGAAAGUGAAUGCGUUAAGUCUACCGUUGGCAGUGAAGACCUAUCUCCUGUAUCGCGACAGGAGGUAACUACCGAGUGGUAGCACCGUGACAGACAACAUAAACACAAUUACAACUGUGAAGAACACCAGCCCCGCGCUACUGUUAAAAUGUUACUACCGCGACGCACAAGGGAAUGCCCGCUACCCCUUGGCAAGCAACCGAGUAGCACAUCAGCCCAUAAGCCGCUUCUACGACCCAUGGUGUUUCUAUCCGUGUCAGGAUAAAUCGAAAGAGGAUAAGCCGAGCACGAUUUUCGUCCUCGUCUUCGCCGUCGUCAUCGUCUUCUUCGUCGUCAUCGUCUUCGUCAUCCUCCUACUCCUCAUCAUCGUUGUCAUUAUCGUUUGUUAAAAACAUAGACGUUUGUUAAGAACACAAACAGAACACUAAUCGUUAUUAAUCGUCGUUUGUCUCCGGUACGCAAUCGGGCGACGAAAGAAGAAGAAGAAAAGAAGGACAAACGAAACGCGGAUGCACAUGCGUGCCGCUUAUCGAGACUAGAGAAUUAUUUAGGUAAUAUAUUUGUUGUCUUGUGUUAUUAACGUGUCUAUACGAUUAAUAUCGUGAAAUGGAGUUUUUAUUGAUUGUUAAUAAUAAAAUGAAAAAAACGAAAAUGGCGCGCGACGCCUAGGUUUUCGGUAGCUUCGGCGCACGUCAUUCGGCGCGGUUACCUUUUUAAUUUUCUUUUGUUUGUCAUUUUUUAUUUUUAUUUCUAAUGAUAUAAGUUGUCGCGUUGUUAACAAAAAAAUGAACAGAAGUAAACGUUCUUUGUGACGAAAAGAUGACCAAACUGCACGAAUGGGCAAGAAUACACGCCUUGGUGGAAAGCUGAAAUUACUAAGAAAUGAAACAACUGCGCUUCAGACACGGUUGGCCAGUAGUAAAAAAUGAAAAAAAUUACAAAAAAAUUAGAGACUUAGUCGAGCCUGAUGGCUUAUUACACGGAUCACAUUCUGAUUAUUAAUCGAGAGAUGGGUAGCGGGCUCGUUCUAGUCCGGCCACACUGUGCGAUCGAAUACGAUACUGAUACCAUGGACAAAGAAACAAUGCGCGCAUUGGAGAGGAUUCGAAGGACGAAGUCGACGGAUACCACGACAGGAAGACUUGACGCGGGACAAUUGUUGUUCAUGCGAACAGACUAUUCGGUAAAAGAAGACGAAAUGAUGUGUGUAUGUACAGUGAUGAAAUCCAGACGAUCGGACAGUAACCUUCCAAUAGACUCAUUUUUCAAGUAUUUUCUAAGGAUGCUAGGUCUAAUGAAGAAGUAUAACGAUGUGCACGAUUCGUGGAACUGUCCACGAACGAAACGAAAGAGAACUUCGAGAUAAAAAAAUAUAUAUAUGUAUACAUACAUAUAUAUGUACACGAUUUUCCUUUUCAUCAAGUAACACGCCUCCGAAUUUAAAUGCUCUUCGUUUUCAAUUUCUUCGUUUAGUUUAAGGAAAAAGGAUUUUCGUCACGACAAGAAAUUACAAGUUUCGAUGGACGGAGCUUAAACGGAACUUUAUCGCGUACAUGAAAAUGAAUUACGGUUCAAGUAAUUAAAGAUCAUAACGGAGAAGAAGAUAGAACUGUGAAUAUUUAGGUGUACGUAGUUGUGAACGUUUAAGGCGAGUGCCGUAUGGCUGACUAAAAAUUCCAAUCACGAAUUAAAACUGUCUGAAGGACAGAAAUAGUGGGAGUAAAUAACCGCCGCGAUGUCAAUGUGUGCGAGAGUGCUUCAACAUGUGCGUUAUUACACGAUGCAAAUUACGACGAUUUCGGCAAGUAUCGUAUAGUCCUGAUCACGAUGAUGACGCCGGUGAUGAAGAAUGCAUAUAUGAUACUGAUGAUAGUAAAAGAAAAAGCGAUUAUAUCGGGCGUGUUGCUACCUAUACUAUUAGCAUGACAAAUUAUGACUGGUCCCUAGUAACUCUUUAAUCUUACGUUUGUCGCUUAAGUUUAAUGAUAAUAUGCCGGGUUAUCGGCGAUGUCGAUUUGUACAUAGGGUAUAAUUAUAUUAAUGAUAAUAAUAAUAUCUAUCAGUACGACAAUGAAUGUAUUGUGGGGUAGUGAUUGUAUCUACGACCGUAAGAACGAAGCGAAUGCGAGAUUUAAAGAGUUCUAUCCGCAUACAAAAACGCAGAGGCAAGAAUUGUCGAUGAAAACAGCGCUCCAAUAGUUUAUUUUUGUUCGUGACGGUAAUGACACAAGAUUUUCGUUCUUCUUUCAUAUUCUCCGAGACAAGAAUGAGGUUUCUCUUUGCUGAUACCACGCAUCGUUGUUCAUCCUCCCCGAGAACGUCUUCCAGAUUGUCUGGUUCACGAUCGUUGCUUUUUUCCAGUCAUACACAAUUUUACAUAAAGAUAUACAGGCCAUGCUUUUUUCAUCACCGAUUUCUAUUUAUUCCACGACCAUGAUCGAGGAGAGUCCGAUUAUCAAAGCCGUUCUCAAAGACACGCACGAUUUCUCGAUGAAGAAUCGGCAGAGCCACUGCGUCUUGCGGUCCUCAAAUACGCACACCCAAAAGAAAAAUCGCUGUUAGAAAGCAACGUUUCGCCUUUAUCUUACCUUUACUUGAUUCUCCGAGGCGAACGAGCCAUGAAACAGGAGAACAGGGCAAGGGGAGAGAACAAAUCAUUAAUUGACACGAAUAAGAUGGAUAAAGGAAAAGAUGAGGAAGAGAUACAUACGAGCGCCGUGUGGACGAGGAAAGUCCAUUUUCCGAAAUUACUAUAGCCAGGCGAGAUCAGCGCAUGUUAGAUGAUUUUCUAUCAUCGCAACUCGGCGUCCGCAUCGCGGAUGAGAACGUGCACGUUCGUUAAAAGAAUGAAUGCUUGUAAUAAAGUAAUAAAACGGUCGUUCUCGUGCGCCAGGUGGACGCCUGCACGAAUGUGUCUCCGGAUGGAAGCAAAACAGAAUAAACUACAUGUGUAAAUGAUUGAACUUGCGAGAGAUGCGAACGCAUUUUGAGAAAAAAAAAGUGAAAGAAACGAGGAAGUAAAGGCGGUAGGUAAAAUGUACACGCGCAAAGAAGAAUUUUUUUUCGUGAGCCCUCCGAUUCGCUGUAUCCCGUUGUCUAUGAACUAUUUUGUAUAAGCCAGACAGGAUAUUUUCUUCGUGCGCGUGUUGAGAAAGAACAGAGACGGAAAUAGCGUUUAGAAUGUUGUAUAUAUUAUUAAUUAAUGAUUAAUAUAUAUUAAUAUUAUUGCAUCGGCUCGAUAGUUUAAUUCAUUAAUCGAUUAUACCAUGUUAGUCGGCAUAAUUGUGCAUUCUGUUCUUUGUGCGGUAGAAAAAAAGGUCCGAUUCGAAGACACGAUUGAUCGAUCGGCUGCAUUGGAUCGAAACACGGUUGGAUGACUUCGUCGUCUCUUUAUUUUAUUUUUCGUUCAAGCGGCGAAGCUUCCGCAAUGCCUCGGAUAUUUCCUAUUAGUUUAAAUCGCAUUGACAAUUGAAUGAAUCGCAGCGAAUAAAGUAAAAGUAAAAAGCAAUGAAACGUGUUUUUAUCUCGGCACGUGUGCUCUUGUGUUCAACUUCAACGGGCUUUCUCUUAUUCUAAUUAAUUCUCAUUACACGUCAUGCUCUAUUUGAUUCCUCAUUUGUAAUAAAAGUCUCGACUUUUGUUUUUUAGUAUAAUCUAACAUGACUAUGUAAUUCUUUCAUUUUCUUUUUUGUCAAAGGAAAUUAUAAUUCCUUCCGUUUUUGUAUACGUUGAACGAUGCCCAAUUUAAGGGACCUUCUGGAAUUCUGAAUUUAUUUAUUUUCAAGGAAUAAUAUUUUUUAUUAGUCGCAAGCUAACUCGUUCAAUUGAUUUUAAUUCAUAAGUACUAAUCAAGGGAUCAGUCGACCCAACGACGCGAUCGAAUCAACUCGAUCAACUUAUUUUAAUGGUUUAAGUUUGACUUUUUAAUACGCUUUUUCACUACCACUUUCGGGUAGGAGCCGAUAAUCCGAUCGGUCGAUCGAUCGUGUGAGCGAAAACGAAAUGCCAGGAACAGUUGCGAUUCGCUUCCGUCGCGGAGAAAAUUGCUAAAGAGUGAACGGUUGAGAGAUAUUUUUUCGUGAACUGCCUGCCGCCUGCCUGUGCAAAACUACGUUGCCUCGACAAAAUGUCUAAUUUAUUGAUGACGACAAUUAGCAGGGCCCUUCUAAGCUGCGUGCGUGCAAGUGCGAGAAGAGAAAACGAUUACUGAUUGCGAGCGUGUGCGUUUGCGUCUUGCAAUGAACGAGUGUAUGUGAUGGAUGUAUGAGAAUAGGAGAAAGAGGCGGAAAGUCAUAACAGUACGAGCGCAUCCGGCACCUGGAUGGUCUUUGGAUUUGUUCUCUGGCGAUAAAAGUAAAAGGCAUUCUCGACCUGAAUUUAGAGUUCGAUUUUCAGGAAAAAUUCUCAUAAGAAGAUGAGAGAAUAAACGUGAACCGAGACCAUUUCCGGACCGGCUGUGCGAACGUACUUUCACUCAGAAGUUCUUUUCUCUUGUGUUUUUUUCCUUCAAAGCCUGGACUAUUGCAACGAGCGAUCUCACGUCUAUUUAAGCAUAAGUUUACGAGUUUAACAUGGUAUUGCUGUAUAGUGGCGAGUGAACACACGAAGAAUUUAUAAAUAUGUAAUGCCUUAAUGUUAUAUAACGAUAAUAAUGGUAAUAGCGUUACUGUAUAAUUAGUUGUGACGCAAGGGAGGGAAACGGGGAUCGUAAACGACAGAAGUGGGAUACGAUGACAGGUGGCGAAAAAGUGACAGAAUUAACGAACGGGAAUGCGUAACAGACGUUUAAGAUUAACAAAAGGAAAGAAGUACAGUAUGUGCGGCCGUUUAUCUUCGUUCUGUUCGUGAUUUGAUAUUUUUUUAUAAUUCUGACGACGAGAGAGAACGAGAUAUAGCGAGAAAAAGAGAGAGAGAGGGAGUGAGUAUAAAUGGAGCGUGUAUAGAGAGCGGACUGCUAUCUAAAAUAGUUCAGGCUAGAUGUCGAUGUUUGUAGCAGAUAAAGAACAAAAAAACACAACACAGCAUAUUGUAAUUAAAAUUAAUAGUCAUUAA